AUGAACACGACGUCAGUUCUCGACAUCCCAGAGCUUCUGGAGACGAUCCUUCUCCAUGUCGAGAUACGAACCUUGCUCGUCUCCGCCCAGCGAGUAUCACGGACUUGGCGUGCCCUCAUCAAAGCCUCUAGCCCUCUGCAAGAGAAACUAUUCUUCAAGCCAUCGAAGCCCAUCGGCAACCGAGUGCCACUUCGAAAUCGGAACCCGUUUUUAGAGACUGAUCUAUGGCCUCUCCUGCAUGCUCUGGAAAGAGUCCAUCGGCACGAGAUAUCCUGCAUCGGUCAGCGAGAACAGGAAUAUCUUUUUCAUGAAGAAGCUAGCUGGAGACAGAUGCUGCUCCAGCAGCCCCCCACCUCGACAUUAGCGGUUAUCACAUACCUGACGAGCCAUCGAUCGAUGUCUACUCAUGCCCAUUGUCACUUGAAUGAUGGGGAUCUUCGUAUGCAUGAUCUGGAGCGGGGAGUCAAGGAACUCGCACUAAGCGUGGACAAACACGCAACUUGGACUUGGAACUCGAAUCUGAUGUUGGAGAUAUUGGCUUCGCUGGAAAGAGAAUCAAUGGUUAAAGCUUUGUCCCAGGAGCAGGACUAUGAUCUGGUUCUGUUCACUUCUGGACAGCGGCAGCAGAGGUUUCUGGAAUCACUAGGAAAGUUGGAAACCAAAGAGGUGGAGUAUAAUAUCCCACCAAUUCCCAGGGCUUGUUUGAUCAAUCAAAAAUACCGCAAGUGGAAAGAGAAAAGCCCGAGGGGGACUCGGCUCGAUUACUGCUACAACUCUCCCUUCAACACUCCUCCUACUUAUACCGUUCCCUCCAUUUCCCUUGGUCUUCCAACCAUUCACUCCCUCAAAAUGUCGUCCUCUCACGAUCUCCGCAAGAAACUGUCAAUGACCUUUUCCGCAAUCUCGCCUUUCCGCAUGAUGAAGUUGAUGGCCAAGUUUGUGGCGAAAGCCAGAGGCCGCCCAGAGUUCGAGCACGAAGUGGCUGAAUAUGACGCACUCAAAUCCGACCACCACACAGUCGCUGUCGGAGACCUCACUGAAAAAGAUGUGGAAGAGACUUACUUUGGCAUUAAACAAGGCGGGACAACGACGCUGUGGCAGUUGCACGAGUCGCAAAAACGAGAGAUACCUCAGUUGCUAGAUCAGGUUCUAGCACGCUUUGAUAGAGCCACCAAGCGCUCCAUCAAUAACGAGGCUCUCAUCCAUGGUAGACUCGCGGCGAUACUCCUCCUUACCCUUGCAGACGAGCAGGAUCUCCGCGAGCCAAAAUCCCCCGCCCAGGGUGCUUCCACCGACAGCAGAGCCUCGAUGGAUCCCAUGAGCUCUGUGUUUUGGUCUUACGAAACUUAUCUCUCGAUUGAUGUUACAGUCGCUGACCAGGUCACUACCAUCCAUGGUAAUUCCGAUUACACCUUGUUUUACGGGGAGCCCAAAUCCACGGAGACAAACCUUGUGUGUGUGGAGGCCAAGAAGAAAGGAUCCGCAGGCGAGGGUCAAUGGCAGCUCCUUGGCUAUAUGUUUCAUCGCACCCGGGAAGCUCUCGGAAAGGCAAAGAAGGGAGUAUACGGCCUUGCGACUGAUUCCUUUGAGUUCCAAUUUUACUGUAUUCAAGAGGACAGUACGUGGUCCAGGAAAACCUUGUACUGGGGCCAUACCGAAGAUGAAAAUCGUCUCAUCAUCUCGUACUUGGCCAGGAUCCUGAACGACGCCGCCGCCCUCUCGCCGUCAGCUACUAGAGCAUCCGCCAAUUUGCAAAAGCUACUGGAAGAGCCUAGGAAGUUCAGUGUCCCUAGCGCAAAAAAGAAGCGUAAGAGUGGUCAAGCACCCAUUGACGAGGACGAGGACGAGGACGAGGACGAGGGCGAGGGCGAGAGCGAGGGCAAGGGCAAGGGCAAGGGCAAGGGCAAGGGUAAGGGCAAGGGACGCAAGUGA